AUGGAGAGUUCUAGAAGCAAGUCGAAAACAUCGACCAUAACCCCAACAGACUCGAAGAAACAUGUAGAAAAGAAGUCAAAGCCUGCAGACGACAAAGCCCCAAAAAAACAUCACAAGACAAGCAAAUCACUGUCUUCGGAAACAGAGAAGCAUAAUCGCAAAUCCGAGAUGAAAGAAACGAAGAUCGAGACUCGGAUUUCCGCACCUAAAACUGAAAAGGAGCAGAAUUUUGAUGACGAGUAUAACUACGAAUUCGAUUACGAGGAUAUACCAUCAAUUGUUCAGAAGUUCCAAAAGGACGAUUUCGAAAGCGACGAGGAUCCCGACGACAGCAGACCAUCCGUUUUCGAAGAGAAAAAACCCGUCGAGAAUGGCGUUGUUUCGCCUGUUCCGAGCGUAGAAGAUUUGCAUGCACUCUCAAAGUCGCGGACACCUCCAUCGCAGGAGGUUCCUCUCAAAAGUGAGAAUGAAGACACGUUGAUCAUUAGCGAGAAAGUUGCGGGCGACACUCCACUUUUGCAAAGGCUUGCGAGUCGCCGAAGUGGACGUCCUCCAGAUCAAGCGCCUCAGCAUCCUGCAAAAACCCCGAACAAGAGAAAGUCUGAUAGGCUAGCGGCAGGAAGGACGGAGAUACAAGAGUCAUCUAGGGUACCGAAACGGAAAAGGACUAGGAUCACGAUCUGUACUUACAACGCACCUACCCUUGGAUCGGAUGCGGCCAUUGAAGAUCUGAUGAUGCAAGCUAGCAUGAUUGGCAUCGAGAAGAAUGGUGGAGAAGGUCAUUCAGACUUCUACUCAAACCUCUUCCACAGCCACGUCCACUUGCCUUCUCAUAAUCUGAGGGAUGAUGGACUUGUCAUUCCAAAGGUCGUCCCUUCCAAAGUCCUACAUGCCAUCAUGUCGCGAUCACCUCACGAGAUCCUGUCACCUCGUCUGGCCAUUCUUCGCCUCCGUCCUCUGCGCCAAAAAUCCAUCAGUAUCAUCAACUGCUAUUCACCAACAUCAGCAGCUGAUGAUUCCGAAUUGGACGCGUUUUACGAGGAGCUGGAGGAAGUAGUCCGCAACGAGAAGUCCUUUUUCAAAUUCGUUGUCGGAGACUUCAAUGCAAAACUAGGAAAGGCCACAGAAGAGGAUUACAGGAUUGGAAGAUUUGGACUUGGGGACCGGAAUGAAAACGGCAAUCGUCUCACCGGGCUGUUGUCCGCCGCUCCUCUCUUUCAUGGGAACUCUCUUUUCAUCAAAAAAGAUCAUCGUCGGUGGACAUGGGAAUCGCCCAAUGGCGCGACUCUUACGGAGAUCGACCACAUACUCACCAACCGGAGGUGGUGUCUACUUGACAUCUCAGCAGUACCAUCCUUUUGUAGUGGGUCUGAUCACCGUCUCCUUCGUGCGAAAAUACGACUUAGCUACACGAUGGAAAAGAACAUCUGCUAUCGGCAACGAAGGAGAAAAGAAGUCGUCUACGACGAUUGCGUACUCGAGGACUCCUUGUCCCACGGUGACUGGCACAUUGAGGAGGACCCAAACGUGGACUACGAGAUGCUGCUCAGAGGAUUACGAGCCUGUGCUGAACGUGCCUCGAAGCCGCGCACGACAAACUUGGAUUGA